AUGCGCGGGAGACCUAGCCGCCGUGAGGAGCCGCCCUUGUCCUCGGGCUUUUCGCUUGACAUCGCGGCUGUGCUCGAGAGUUGUAGCCACAAGAGGGAUUGGGCACGUGGGGUGCGAUUGGGACGAUUCCUCCAAGCCGGGAGGUGUAUUUCGUCGGCGAGGUUGGAUGUUCAACCUGCCUCCAAAGGCUAA